AGCUCACAGGGAGAUCAGACAGAAAUUGCUAGAACCUUUAUUAUUAUUAUUGCCCUAUAGAAUACGUAGAAACGUUUGCGUAUACCGUGAAACAGCUAAAUAGACUACGUGAGCGAUUAUUCAAAAGCCGAUAUUUACAAUUGUAAUAACAGAUACAUCACUUAAAAUAUUGUUUAAAUCCUCCGUUUAAAUAACCCAAGAUGUCUGACUGGGAUACUGUGCCGAUUACUCUGAGAAAACGAGUUCCCAAAGGUUCUGCGAUGAAAUCGGAAAAAGCUGUUAAUACAGCUCGUCGUCAAGGAGUUCCAGUUGAUACUCAAGUUAAAUUAGGGGGAGGUGGGUCUAAUAAACAGCAUGUCAAUACUAAAAAUACAGCUAAACUAGAUCGUGAAACAGAAGAAUUGAAACACGAGACAGUACCUUUGGAUCUUGGUAAAUUAAUCCAACAAGGACGACAAAGUAAAGGCCUAUCACAAAAAGAUCUUGCUACGAAAGUAAAUGAAAAAGCUCAAGUAAUAAAUGAUUACGAAGCUGGACGUGGGAUACCCAAUCAAAUGGUAAUUGGCAAGAUUGAAAAAGUACUUGGUGUAAAAUUGCGGGGCAAAGACCGUGGCUGCGCAUUGGCAAUCACCGAAACUAAGAAAUAAAUAUCGGAAUCAUUGAAUCGAUAAUUAAAUUUAAAUCUAUGGUUCUAAACACAAAAUACAAAAAAAAAGAAAAAUUUUAAUUAAAAAGUGAAUAUAAAAUCUCAAGCAAAAAAAUAAAAAU